CCAGAGUCUGCUGCAUCAACUGAGAACAACCAACACCCACUGCUUAUCUUCAUCCACCUGGAAAGUGAUUCAGUUUCUUUUUCCAGCACUUGUUCAACUGAGCAGACAGCACACUAAAUGAAUUUUAAAGGCUCCAGACGCUCAGGAACUUCAGAACAACCAUCUAGGAUGAACCCCAGGCUAACUAGCAGACAGCAGGGAGCAAUCUGCUCCCAGCUGGGAAGAGUCAAACUACAGCUGCUGUACAAAGCCAGCAUCCAUGGUUUCACUGGUGCAGCCUUCCACCAACGAUGUGACAACCACAGUCCCACAGUGUCUGUGGGCUUUAACGCCUCAGGUUAUGUGUUUGGAGGAUACACCACACAACCUUUCAGUCAGUCUGGUCAGUAUGUGUGGGAUGACCAGGCCUUUCUUUUCACCUUCAGUGGAGAAAAGCUGCUCAAAUAUCCAGUCACAGGCCCUGCUAAUGCAGUGAGAAUGAUAGCUAACUCUGGUCCAUAUUUUGGAGAAACAUUGGUUCUUGUCAAUGGAAGCCAAGCAGUAGUGUAUAGCAAUCCAGGAAACUACUACACCUUCAAUGCUGCAGAAAUGCAUGGCAACAACCUCAACAUGACUGAGUGUGAAGUCUAUGAAGUGGAAGUGAUCCCAGAAUUUGAGAGACCAUGGAGGCCAGUGAUCUGGGAAUCGGAGAAGAGGAAGGAGCUGAUCGACAGUAUUAAGAUCUACAAACCCACAGUCAGCUCUGUGUCCCAGGUUCGGGUUUUGCUCAUUGGAGCAGUUGGAGCUGGAAAGUCCAGCUUCUUCAAUUCUAUCAACUCUGUAUUCAGAGGCCACGUCACCAGCCAGGCCAUCGCUGGCUGCUCUACCACCAGCCUCACCACACAGUUUCGCAGCUACUCUUUGAAAGCUGGCCGUGAAGGAAAACCUCUGCCAAUCGUCUUGUGCGAUACCAUGGGAUUGGAGGAAAGCACAGGGGUGGGGCUUGAUAUAGAUGACAUCAGCAGCAUCCUUAAAGGUCAUCUGCCAGACCGUUACCAGUUCAAUCCCUCUGCUCCUCUGCAUUUCGAGGCCCUCGGCUAUCAUAAGUCUCCAGGGCUCAAGGAUAGGAUCCACUGUGUGGCUUAUGUCAUUGAUGCCUGUAAGAUCUCCAUCAUGCCAACAAAGCUGGAGGAAAAGCUGGAUGCUAUCCGCAGAAAGGUCAACUUAAUGGGGAUUCCCCAGCUGGUCCUGAUGACUAAGGUAGAUGAAGCCUGUCCUUUUGUUGCACAGGACAUCAGGAACAUUUAUAGGAGCAGCUACAUCAAGGAAAUGAUGCAGGAGGUCAGUGCUCGGCUCGGUGUACCAUUGUCCUGUGUUGUUCCUGUGAAGAACUACAGUGAAGAGUUGGAGUUGGACAUGAACUGUGAUAUCCUGCUGCUCAGCGCCGUCAUCCAAAUGCUUCGCUUCGCUGAUAAUUACUUCGAUGAGAUCAGUGACCAGUUCAGCAAAGUUGAAAUCAAAGAAUAGGAAGAAUUAACAGCUGAUGUACACAAUGUAUCUUUAGUUCAACUUCACUGUAGUAGUGUACUGUUGUACUGCAGCAUAAACUAUGUCUACAUUAGCUACUGUUAGCAUGUUCUAUAUUUGUAACUAAUACUCAACAGCUAAAUCCAGGUACAAACAGCUUGUAUAUAAUAUUGGACUUUACUUACAUAUAGCUACCAGUCAUGAUGUCUUUGUGGCUGUGUUGACAUUUCUGUAGUCAUGUUUACCAAGUGAAAGACAGUGUAGUAAUCAAAAAUUCAUGAUAUCUUAAGCUCAGGAUUUCAAGUACAAAACUGGUGUGAACAAUUUUUUCCACCUCCAAGCACUCCCAGGUAUGUAUCGGGGUUGUCAAGCACCUCCAGUGAUCGAGUGCGUCAUUCUAGGAAAGCUAGAGAAUUAAAAAAAAAAAGAAAAAAACUUUCUAUUUCUUGCUCUUAAUAAGCAUUUUCUUCUUCCUAACUGGUAUACCAGAGAUCACCAGAGCACAAGAGAAGAAGAGCCCAUACAAGCCUGUAAUGGUGAGCUGGAGUCUUAAACCUGGAAUCAGAUGAGAAUUAAAUCACUGCCUUUGUGAAACUGCCUCCGUUUUUUGGCCUUCCACGUUACUCCAUGAUUAUAGAAACUUUAUACAGAUGAUUGUGAAUAUGAUUUAAUUGAAACUGAGAAAUAACAUUGUUAUGUUGCAUGUUAUGUCCAUUUAGUUUGAAUCUGAAUUC